AUGGAGGAUGGACCAGCCGGUCAUGGAGAGCCUCUUGGACGGGGCUCGGCAGAUGCGAAGGCAGAUGCUGCGCUGGAGAAAAUGGGUUACAAAGGGGAGCUGCCGCGACAUCUGGGCAUGAUGAGUGUGUUGGGACUGUCCUUUGCUAUCAUGGCCGCUCCUUUCGGUCUAAGUACAACACUCUAUGUCACCCUGACAGAUGGACUCAGCGUCACAAUCCUCUGGGGCUGGGUGCUGGUCACGCUCAUCUCCAUCGCAAUCGCGGCGUCUCUGGCCGAAAUUUGCUCAGUUUAUCCUACAGCCGGCGGAGUAUACUAUUGGAGCGCAAUGUUGUCUACAAAAGAAUGGGCGCCGUUGAUGUCAUUUAUCGAUGGUUGGCUGACCCUAGUGGGCAACUGGACUGUCACGCUCAGCAUCAAUUUUUCAGGAGGCCAGUUGAUUCUCAGCGCAAUUUCGCUGUGGAGAGAGGAUUUUGUUCCCAAUCAAUGGCAGACGAUCUUGAUGUUCUGGGCUGUGAUGAUGGUUUGUGCUUUGGUAAAUGUAUUUGGGGCGAAGUAUCUUGACAUUAUCAACAAAGUCUGUAUAUACUGGACCGCAGCAAGUGUUGUGAUCAUUAUGGUUACUUUAUUGUCCCUGGCGAAACAAAGGAACCAUGCCAGUUUCGUGUUUGGACACUUUGACGCUUCGACGAGCGGCUGGCCGAGCGGCUGGGCUUUCUUCGUCGGCUUACUCCAAGCUGCAUACACCCUGACUGGCUAUGGGAUGGUAGCCGCAAUGUGCGAAGAGACCCAAAACCCGCACCGCGAAGUGCCUAAAGCCAUUGUGCUAUCUGUUGUAGCAGCUGGUAUCACCGGCCUAUCAUACAUACUCCCAGUCCUCUUUGUGCUCCCGCCCGUCGAGCUGCUGCGAGCAGUCGCCAACGGCCAACCAAUCGGCCUCCUCUUCAAGACUGUGACCGGCUCCGCUGCCGGUGGCUUUGGCCUGCUCUUUCUCAUCCUGGGCAUCCAACUCUUUGCCGGAAUUGGCGCCCUAACUGCCGCGAGCCGCUGCACGUACGCAUUUGCGCGCGAUGGCGCCAUACCUGGCUCCAGACUGUGGCGCAGAGUUAGUAGGCGUUUCGACGUGCCGCUCUGGGGUCUGAUAUUGUCUACCCUUGUCGAUUGCCUGCUGGGCCUGAUAUAUUUUGGCUCCAGCGCGGCGUUUAACUCUUUCACGGGUGUCGCAACCAUUUGUCUCUCGGCCUCAUAUGGCGUGCCGAUUCUCGUCUCCGUCGUCCGCGGGCGGCGGAAUGUGAGAAACGCACCCUUUUCGUUGGGGAAGUUCGGCUACACUAUCAAUAUGAUAGCGGUAUCGUGGAUUACGCUGGCCAUUGCGCUGUUUUGCAUGCCAAUCUCCUUACCUGUGACGCCGUCGACGAUGAAUUAUGCGAGCGUGGUGUUUGCUGGGUUUGGGACGAUCAGUGUCGUUUGGUAUUUUGUGCGGGCGCGCAAGGCAUUUACGGGCCCGCCUAUUAUAUUGGAGGAUGAGGACGCGAGGAAGAGCGCGGAUGUUCAGAUUCUAUCGUUGUGUCCUUUAGGCGUUCUAUACCAUCUAAUUGUCCUGCACGCUUUAUGUAUGAUAUAUGAUGAUGGAUAUAAACUGUGCCUCAAGCAACCGUCUCAAACUGCAUUCGGACAUUUAUCUUGGGUCCAUUGCGCCACACACGACCACACUCCGAUUUUAAGCUCCGAAUUGACACCUGCAGAGGAGCUGGAUCGUUCCACGACCGGCAUCGUGCUACCACGAAGUUUUAUAUCCCGACCGACGGGGCGUUUCCAGAAAAGGGUUGCCUCUGUGUUCCGUAUGAGCGUCUGUGUCCAAAAUUCCCCCUUUGGGAAACUCGAGUCCCAUUAUUGUGCGCUUUGCCUACGCCGAUUUUCGGUCCCUCAAUCGCUUGCUUUCAAGCUUGAGCGGCUUGAUCGGACCUCGGAUCGCUUCAAGCUCAUAGUUCAUAGCUUUGUUCGAGUAUGUGGCUCGAUGGAAAAAGUCUAUUUGGAGAUACCUAGGCAAGCUGUCGCUUGUUACUUGUCAAAGGAUCCGCUGCGUGCGGGGGAGGAUGGAGCUGCGCCUUUGUUCCCCCGGUGUGUGAUACCGGCGGCUCCCGCCGCAGCUCUAGAGGCUAGAGAGAAACACUACGUUGCUACCUCUGUUUCACACUCCAUGCUGCGUUCUGGUCUCAUCCCCCGUUUCCCCUGCUCCAGGUUAAGCAUAAUGUCUUCCAUUAGACAGCGAGCUGCCCAGUUUGCUGGAAUGUUCAGCAGUCCAAAGUCUCCCGAUGAGCUUCCCUGGGACGCUGAGAAUACAAAACUUCCUCUCCGCAAGGACCUGCCAAAAAUUCCAGAUGCUCCUGAGGGUGCAGCUUGGGUUUGGGGCAAAAAUGACAACUUUGCUCACAUCUCAUCCCAAACAUUCUACAACGGGGAGCGCACAAGGCUCGCCCUGCGCGGACAUGGUUCGGGCGAUGACAAUACUGAGUCAGGUGAGGAGGAGGAGGAGUAUGCGGGAGUGGCGCAAGAGGAGGCCGUGCUUGACUGGUUGCAUGACUGUUAUUUUGCGGCCGUGGCUGGAGAUGCGCCUGCGUUCGAGCGCUGGCCCACAACUGCCGAGUACUACCUACACGAACACAUUCUAGCGCUGUGGGGAAUGCCGCUGGGUGAGAUGUGGAAUUUGGAGGCGCUGGCAAAGGUGUGUCGUGAGAAGGGAAGGUAUUUUUUCUUCGUGACUAGUGCCCCUGCAAAUGUGAAAGGUGGCGUGGGUUCCCACGCAAACGCAACCGCGAUCUUCUAACUUGAUAUAGGAGAGUGUAAUAAUGGAAAGAGGAACAAUGAAGGUCAAGUGAUGUAAGCAUGGCGAUGCGGAGUUGAAUUCAUGUUUCCCCAAUAAGGGUGGUGGUCGUUCUUAUUUUCCCAUACGAAAUACGUUAGUUGUGACAUGCAUAUCGGUUAAUUUUAUGCAAGGGGCGUAUUUUCCAGUCUUUAUUUGCAUUUGCAUCUGGCCCGGUGGUUGAGAUUUGCAGUCUGCGUCCAUACAUGUUGUGAAUAUUGAUUGAUUGUGGCCUCCUCUCGUUCUUUUUGUUUCUAUUAACGCAAAUUGAAAAUAGCAACGUCGCAAUUGAUUCUGAUCAAUCCGGGCUUUUCAAAGUGGGUGUUGGUGGUUCUUAUUAUUCUUAUAACUACGUGAAAGAUUCCCAAAAUCAAACACCCAUAUUCCAUGAUAAUAAC